AUGAGAGGUGCUCGUCUAGCAGCAACUUCCAUGAUUCUUAGUUUAGCUGCCCCAAAGGAAGUAGAAGAUGAUGGAUUAUUUGAUACCGAGGAUAAUGUUGAAGAUUCGGAUCAGAGUGAUGAUUUGGCGGCAGGUCUUCAUGAAGCUAUUGGUAGUAAGUAUUUUGACAUUGGUCCAACUAGUGACUUCAAUGAUGAAUCUCCACUUAAUGUGGAUGACAAGUAUGAUGCAUUGUUUGAGUCACUUCAUAAGCCUUUGUACAAUAAUUGUAAAGGUUUCUCUGUCUUAAGCGCGACGGUGAAGUUGAUGAAUCUCAAAGUGCUUAACAAAUGGACAGAUAAAUCAUUCGAUGGUCUUUUGGAGUGUUUGAGAGAGAUAUUGCUCGAGGGUAAUCAGUGCCCAGGGAAUUAUUACCAGACGAGGAAGUUUCUUUGUGAGGUGGGCUUAGGCUAUGAGCAAAUUGAUGUUUGUCAAUACGAUUGUGCAUUGUUUUAUGGUAAGAAUGCAAAUGCAGUGUCAUGUCCUGUACGAAAAAAUGAAGUUAGGAUUUUACGUCAUCCUGCUGAUGGGGAUGCUUGGAAGCAUUUCGACAAUGUGUAUCCUGACUUUGCAGCUGAUUCUAGGAGUGUACGAAUGGGGUUGGCGUCAGAUGGGUUUAACCCUUUCUCUAAUAUGACAUCAACCUAUAGUUUGUGGCCAGUGAUAUUAAUUUCGUACAAUAUGCCACCUUGGGCUUCUCCUAAUGGAACAAACUAUCUCAUGUCUUUGUUAAUUCCAAGUCCUAAAUCUCUUGGAAAAGAUUAUGAUGUGUUCUUGAUGCCAUUAAUUGAAGAGCUUAAAGAGUUAUGGGAUGGAGUCAAUGCAUAUGAUUUGUAUGGUCAAUGCAUGUUUAAACUUCGAGUUGCAGUCUUGUGGACAAUUAGUGAUUUUCCUGCUUAUGCAUACUUGUCUGGGUGGAGCACUGCUGGUAAAUUAGCAUGUCCUGUUUGUCUUGAAGAUACAAGAUCUAGAAGAAUAACUGACAAACAAUGUUUCAUGGGACAUCGAUGUUAUUUGAAAAUAAACCAUUCUUGGAGAAAAAGUAAAGAAUAUGAUGGAUCUACUGAAUUACGUGGCCCUCCUAGAACUUUUACUGGUGACGACAUUUUAAAGCAAUUGGAUGAAAUUCCUAUUCAUACCCCUGGUAAAGCACAAAGUAAUUCUUCUAGAAAACGUAAGCGUGGAGAGAAAGAGCUGAAUUGGUGUAAAAGAAGUGUUUUGUUUGAAUUGCCAUACUGGUCAAAGCUCUUGUUGCGUCACAAUCUUGAUGUGAUGCAUAUAGAGAAAAAUGUAUGUGAUAACAUUAUUGGAACACUUUUAGACAUUGAAGGUAAAUCGAAAGACACUUUAAAAGCUCGUAAGGAUUUACAAAAUCUUAAUAUUCGUGAAGAGCUUUGGCUAAAGAAGGACCUAUCUAAUAACAAGCUUGAAAAACCUUAUGCUAGUUACACUUUGACGAGAGAAGAAUGCAAAGAUUUUUGUAAAUUCAUUCAAAGUGUUAGAUUACCGGAUGGAUAUGCUUCGAAUAUUAGUCGAUGUGUAACAGAUAAUGACAAACUAGGAGGAAUGAAAACUCAUGAUUGUCAUGUUUUACUUCAUAAGAUAUUACCAGCUGCAUUGCUUCCUUUUCUGACAGACAACAUUCGUGGUACUUUGAUUGAACUCUGCCAAUUCUUUCAAAAAAUUUGUGCAAAAACAUUACAAAUUUCUGACAUAGAAGAAUUGAGAGAUGGAAUUGUAAUAAUUUUGUGCAAGUUGGAAAAGAUAUUUCCCCCAUCAUUUUUUACCAUAAUGGUUCAUCUUUGUGUUCACCUACCCGAUCAAGUGUUAUUAGGUGGUCCAGUUGCUUCGAGAUGGAUGUUUGGGACAUAA